AUGCCAGGCCGCAGGCCUUAUCGACAGAUCAUCGACGGCGUGCCCAGGUGCCCUUGGAUCGUUCCGGAAACAUUCAAGAAGAGCCUCAGAUUUCGUGCGGCCAAGGAUGACGUUGUGCAAGUCACGUACCCCAAAAGUGGAACCCACUGGGUGCAGUACAUCACUCAGCUGAUCCUAGGAAAAGCCAGCCCAACUACGGGAUACAGCGAACUGACGCGAAACUGCCGCAGCAUCGAGUACACCGACUGCACCGACUGGACACCCGAUAUGCCUAUGAGGCUUUUCUUCACCCAUCAGCCACUUCGCCGCGAGAUCGUGAACAACGAGGCCAAAUACGUGUACGUCGCUCGCAAUCCUUGGGAUGUAUGCGCAUCCCUGUUUCGCAUGAUGACGGACGUGAGCCUGUACCAGUUUGAAGACGGCACUUUCGAGGAGUUCUUCGAGCCCUUCAUCGAAGGCGACUUGGGCUACGGGAGUUACUUCGACCACGUCUCUGCAGGCUACGCAUUGAAGGACCAACCCAACGUGUUCUUCCUUACUUACGAAGAACUCAAGGCGAACACACGAAGCGCGGUACUCAGAUUGGCACGCUUCCUUGGCGACAGUUACGGCGCAGCGUUGGAAGAUGACGACCAGAGGCUGCAGAACAUUCUGGAAUGGUCCAUGCCCCAACACAUGAGGAAGACUAUGGUGAUCGACUACAAGGCUAACGACACGUCGCAGUGGGACGAGCUGUUUACCGACAAGCAGGCCAGAAGCAAGGAGGGUUGCGAGGGAGACAAGCACAAGUACGCCGUAGUGAAGGAAGCCAGGGUCGGAAGCUGGAAGGAAUACUUCACGCCGCAGCUGCUGGCGCGGCUCGAGAUGAAAAUACAGGAGGAAGGGGAUAAAGCUUCUUUCAUUGAUCUGUGGAAGGACAUUCGAGAAGAAGCGAUUGCACUGUCCCGAGGUUGCGGGUAG